ACUCGCUUGCCAUUCGCACGUCAUCGUCCUCAUCCUCAACGUUCGGCCGGAGGCGAUCGAAGCCAGAUCCAGAAAAGGGCCCUGCGGCGGGCGACGGCAGUCGAUCGCCACCGUCGCUCGCAAUGGCUUUGGCGCCGCCCGUCGUUGCCACCCUCUGCCCUUCCUUCUUCGCCUCCCCCUCCGCCAACCCCCGGCUCACCUUCCCACCUAAUCCACCGGCGAUUCGCCACCGUCCUCCCGCCUCGUACCCCCGCGUUCGAGCCCUCGACCUGGACCAGGACACGCUCGUCGCGAUCUCCGUGGGGGUUGUGAGUGUUGCGGUGGGGAUUGGUAUACCCGUGUUCUACGAGUCUCAGAUUGAUAGUGCUGCUAAGCGGGAGAAUUCCCAGCCUUGUUUUCCUUGCAAUGGAUCCGGCGCUCAACAAUGCAGAUUUUGCACUGGAAGUGGCAAGAUCACUGUAGCAUUAGGAGGUGAAAAUGAAGUCUCACAGUGCAUCAACUGUGAUGGUGCUGGUACCUUAACCUGCACUACUUGUCAAGGCACUGGAAUCCAACCGCGAUAUCUUGAUCGAAGAGAGUUCAAGGAUGAUGAUUGAUGCCAUUUCUUCCAGUGACUGAAAAAGUGAGGGCGUGAUUUAGUUUGAAGGCCAACAUAACAAUGCAACAGAAUUCAUAUAUAUUCUAGUAUAAAAAUAUAUGCCUUUGUCACUAUUUUAUCUCUUUUUGUGCAGCCUUGAAUGUAACUCUUUUCUCUAAACAAAUCAUUCUUUUUUUCAAUAUCGUAAUCCAGAGGUCAUACAUAUAUAUGAUCUUUUAUGCAGUAAAACAUUAAAUA